AUGCCGUCAUCAUUCUGCCGAAUUUGCCUCUCCGAUGAUGCUCCACUCAUCACGCCGUGUAAAUGUCGAGGAACGAUUGCCCAUGUACAUAACGAUUGCCUUCUCGAAUGGGUGCAAGUCUCCGGGAGCACGAGAUGCGAACUUUGCCAUGGAGAAUUUGUGAUGAGAUCGGGAGGAAUGAAGAGAAUCGAUCAAUGGCGCCUUCCACGAGUUCAACAAAAUUCUCCAUGCUCACGGGUAAACAAAUGGUUGCUAUUUUUCUAUCCACUCUUUUUCAUUCUUCUAAUUUUCCUCAUAAUGCAAAAAGGGGAAUCAAUUGUCCAAUUGGUUCAACAAUAUCCGCUCCUUUUUGUGAUUAUAAUCGUUUGCGGAUUUCUCUACGCUUUCAGAUAUCUGAGGCAAACGAUGACCCAGUUUUUCCGGGAAAAUCGAUAUUACACAUUUCGGAAUCAAGGAGCGCAAGAUAGCCUUGUACAUCUCGUC